CACCACUUGGAAAUCAAUCAAAUUGAUGAGAUAAAUUGAUAGACAAUUAACCCUGAUCAUGAUAACAAGUUAAUGAACAAAAAAGUAAAGAAACUGAAAGAAAAACAUUUCAAUGAUUUAAUCAUCAUCAUAUAUUAACAUUGUACAAUUAAUUGUUGCUGUUUAAAGGUAAAUGGAUUGACGGUUGAUUAUUAUUGAUUCUUAAAAGGAUUAAUUGUCUUAAUUGUUUUGUUUGUUUCUAAUUUCUAAUUGAUUAUGUUAUGUUGUUAUACCCAUUGGAUUUAAUUUCUAUUAGUUUACUUGUUAAUUUUUCUGGUUCAAAUUGGAUCAAAUUAUUUGCAAACUUAAAAUCAUAACAAUCAAGACAAGAGACAAAAUUUAUUUACAAUGAUUAAGUUAAUUCGUGAAAAAGUUUAUCUAAUUAAAAUCCUUCGUAUUGAUGUUUAUCUGUUUCUAUUUAUGUGUGGCUAUUAUAUUGGUCAAGUGCCGACAACUCAAUUGAUUGAGGAUAAAAUUUGUAUCAAUGAAUUAGGAUUUGAUUCAGUUUAUUGUGUUAACUUUGAUACAACAUCAAAUGUAACUGAAUCCGAUAGGUUAAUUGUUCUUGAUCGUACAACAACAAUUAAAAAUUGGCAAACAAUUUUAUCAACAAUUCCUGGUGUGGCCAUUUCAUUGUUCACCGGAUUCUGGAUUGAUUCAUAUCCAUCACAUAUAAGAUACUUGUUAAUGAUUCCCUGUAUUUCAAUCAUCUUACAAUCAUUAUCAUUGUUACUUCAAUGUGUUUACUUUAAAUCAGAAUUAUCUCUAACUUAUUGGUCAUUUCUGCUAAUGGGCAUCGGCGGUAGUAUACCUUUGGUACUUACCUGUGCGUUCACUUAUGUCGCUCGUAAAACCCCACAAAGCCAUCGAUCAAUUAGAUUUGCUUUAGUUGAAUUGUUUCUACUUACAGCUCAACCCGCUGCAACGGCACUUGGAGCUAAAAUUUUAGCAAUGGACAGUUGGUUUAUGGCUGAUCGACGAAACUACAUUGGCGUUUUCUUGACUAAUGCGAUAAUCAUGUUAAUCGCAGCCAUUUGGGUAUAUUCAUUGUUAACCGAUUGUGAUGACGACGAUGACGGAACUGGAAAUGAACCUAAACCUUUGGAAAAUCCUAUUAGACCAUCGAUUGGACAAAAAGCCAAUAAUGAAGAUUCCAACGAAUUUGCUUCUCGAAAAUUGGUAACACGUUCGAUGCCCUCAAACAGUAUGUUCUAUAAAUCAACUGAUAAAAGUGACAUUACAACGAUUAUUCACAAAUCGUCAUCAUUAAAAUCCAUAUCAUCCGAAUUGAGCCAAGACAAUAAUCAACAGCAACAAUUAGCCAAUAAUAACAAUCAAAGAAACUCAAGAGUUUCCAUCUUACCAUCAACAGCCGAUGACCACAAAUCCAAUUAUUGUGAAGCAAUUAAAUCGAUAAUCAACAUAAGCAACGUGAUCAAUACGUUUAAAACUUGCCUUCGAAAACGUGAGAAUGGUGAACGUGCCAAGGUGAUCAACAUUUGCUUUGCGAUUUUCAUUCUGUUCAUUUCUCUUUUAUCUGAAUCAUAUUUUGGAUUCCAAUUCACUGAGAAAGUUUUCCAUUGGGAUUAUCGUUACUAUUCAAAUAUUAACGCAGCUCUACUGUUGAUUCAAGCGUUUGGUGCUAUUCUUGGUGCUGCUCUAUUCAAAUCGUUACUUAAUUAUCAAGAUUCAACAUUAGCCGGUAUCGCAACAAUGUCCCAUUUACUGUCCAAUCUGUUUAAAGGUAUCGGUUACCAGGAAUCUUAUAUAACGGGUUAUAUUGUUUACGGGGUUAGUGGUAUGUCCAUACCUUCAGCUAGAUCAACACUUACUCAGAUCAUUCGUUAUCAUGAGAUUGCUCAGGUUUUCACCAUCUUAUCGUGUAUUCAAGCAGCAAGUCCAAUGGUCUCUAGUAUAUUUUGUACGACAAUUUUUAAGGCCACAAUGGCUUCGAUGCCUGGGGCAACUUAUCAUGCAGUUUGUUUACUACUCUUUUAUCCACUUGGUGUUUUCUUUUGGAUCAAUGUUUCACAGCGAAGGUUAAAAGUUCAAAAUGACCAGAGAAACUUGAAUCGAGCUUUAUCUCGAGGUAUUGAAGACCUUAGGAUAACAGUGGCUGGACAACAACAAUCAGAUAAUAACAAUGGAUUUGUAAAUUAUGCAUUUAGUUCAAAAUUUUAAUGUAAAUUUUGUAAAUUUCAUUUUAUACAUGAGAAAAUUGAUUAAGAAUCAGUAUUGAUCCAUAAUGGAAUAGUUUAAUUGUCAUUUGAUUGUUUAUCCAUUUUUUGUUUCCUCUUCUUCGAGUCAAAAUUUUGGUUCAAUUAUAAUAUUUUUGCGACCAGAAUACUCAAGAGUUUAAAUUGUUACAAUCGUAACAAUUAUUUUCUGAUUAAAAUUUUACAAUUCUCGUCAAAUAUAAUCUUAAUUAACUACUAAAUAAAAUUCAAUUUUCACUUAAUUUCAAUAAAAACAAUCAGCAGAUUA